AUGGUGAACCUCACUCAAGAGGUGCCAUUUAAGGAGAGCAUUAUAGAUGAGAGGAAUUACCAUGUGAAUGUUGAGGGAAAAAAAUUCCAGCAGCAGGAACACGACGUGACUGAAAAAGCAGCCACGGAGGCAGGAGAAAAUGUAAAGGUCAUGGACCAACCAAGUGCUUCAAACACUGCAGCAGCCAAUUUCAGUAACUCAGUGGAUAAACACAAAGGGAAAGAGAGGAGCACUCGUUCUAUGUUCUCUAGGCCUUUUCAGAAACAUGGAGUUGUUCCUUUGGUCACAUACAUGCAAGUCUACACAAAAGUUGAUAUCAUAGACAUCAAGGGGAUGGGUACUGUUGAAAAAGGAAUAACCUAUAAGUGUUGCUGUGGCAAAACUGGAAGAGUCUACAAUGUCACCCAGCAUGCUGUGGGCAUCAUUGUGAACAAAUACGUUAAGGGCAAGAUUAUUGCCAAGAGAAUCAGUGUGUACAUCAAGCACUCUAAGAGCAGGGACAGCUUCCAGAAGCAUGUGAAGGGAAAUGACCAGAAGAAGGAAGCCAAAGAGAAGGGCACCUGGCUUCAGGUGAAGUGCCAGCCUGUGCCACCCAGAGAAGCUCACUCCGUGAGGACUAAUGGGAAAGAGGCUGAGCUGCUGGACUGCAUCCCAUAUGAAUUCAUGGACCAUUCCAUAUGA